AUGAAGUAAUGUUGAAAGCCCCUUGAUAAGAGUUACUUAUGAUUUCAAUGCCAUCCAACCCUUAAAAUAUCGGUCAUCUUCAACCAGAUCACAUCACUCAAUUCAUUGACCACCCAUCAUGGCAUCCAUAGGUUCUAAGCCAUUUGCUAAGCGCCCACUUGGUUGCAUAGAAUAUUUGCUUGCCAGAUGUAGCAUCUCUGGUAUGUCCACCGCAUUGGCAUACACGUGGCACCUAGAGUCAAAUUCACCUGUGACAGUUGACCUUGUUCACCAGGCGGCAGCACUGCUACAAGACACCAUGCCCUUGUUGCGCCUGCAUGUCAUAAGUGGGGAAGAUGGCAGAUAUUAUUUUGAGGUAAUGGACAGUACAGCAUGCUCAGUUCCCUUCAAAAUCAGCAGUGAGACAGACUGGAGGAAAGCUCAAGAUGAAAUGUUAAAGGAGACAUACAACCUUGAAACAGGUCCUCUUUGGAAGAUGUGCUUCCUUCCAACAGAUUGCAAAGAGCCUGCUCCAAGAGAAAUCAGUAGGGGGAGAAGCUUAUACAAAUGUGCGGUGACUUUUGGUAUUGACCACAUACUGACUGACGGAUUUACUAACAUGACUAUUUGUAAGCAAUUUCUGAAAAUUUUGAAUGAAAUCAUGGAUGGAAGGCAACCAGACAAAACUCCUGCCACCAAAGUGUACCCAUCUCUGGUUGAUCUAAUGCCAAAAAAUGACAUGGUUUUUGGUUGGUUCGAUUAUUUAGCAAUUGGAAAGACUGUUUGGGAUAUGAUGUUUAUCAAACCUAAUAUCCUUGCUCUCCAUUACCCACUGAUUGAUGCACUUCCAUUACAAACCUUCAACGUCUAUACAGACGGCCUAUCUGAGGUGGAAACCACACAGUUGAGAAAAAGAUGCAAAGCUCAGCUGACAACAAUCCAUGGAGCAUUCACUGCAGCUGCAAGCACUGCCACAGCCUGGAUGAUAUACGGCAGGGACAAACCCCAGGGCAAUGUUAGGGUUAGAUAUAAAAGUGAUUGUUUUUACUUAAAUGAAACAGAAGUGGACAGUUCAGAGUGA